CUCGCAGUGACCGUUACUUCUCCCUCCAGAAUGAUCAACUCUGACCGUUGACCGGAGGGUAGAUUCCUGACUCCUGAGUCUUCUUCCUUCAAACCCCCGGUUUUCGAUCAUAAUUCCCCGAUUUUUCCCAAUUCAAACGCAAAAUUAAAUCAAAAUCCCAAUUGUUUCCCCUUCUUCAACCCUAAAAUGGCGAAUUCAACUCAAGAACCCCUUCAUCUUCCAUCCGAUAACCUCGUAACCUACGAUUCACCUUAUCCUCUUUACUCAAUGUCAUUCUGUCCCAAUUCAUCUUCCAUAACUCGUCGAAGCUCCGAUCAAUUAAUCGCCAUCGGAAGUUUCAUUGAAGAAUACAAUAAUCGCGUCGAUAUUUUAACUUUUGAUAGCGAUACCCUAACCCUAACCCUAAAUCCUAAUCUUUCCUUUUCUCAUCCUUACCCUCCGACGAAACUCAUGUUUCAACCUCCUUCUUCUCCUGCAACUCCAUUGUUAGGUUCCUCUGCGGAUUUUCUUCGGCUUUAUUCGCUGAAAAAUGAUACAAUUGAGCCUGUUUCUGUUCUCAAUAACUCCAAAUCCAGCGAAUUCUGCGCUCCAUUGACGUCUUUUGAUUGGAACGACCUCGUUCCUCAAAAAAUUGGGACUUCAAGUAUUGAUACUACUUGUACCAUUUGGGAUAUUGAGAAAAGUGUAGUCGAAACUCAGUUGAUUGCUCACGAUAAGGAGGUUUACGACAUUGCGUGGGGCGAAGCUAAGGUUUUUGCAUCGGUUUCUGCCGAUGGGAGUGUUCGGAUUUUUGAUUUGAGAGAUAAGGAACAUUCUACUAUACUUUAUGAGUCGCCAGAGCCAGAUACUCCUUUACUUAGGUUGGCUUGGAAUAAACAAGAUUUGAGGUACAUGGCCACUAUUUUGAUGGAUAGUAAUAAGGUUGUGAUAUUGGAUAUUCGUUCAACAACAAUGCCGGUGGCAGAGUUUGAGAGACAUCAAGCUAGUGUCAAUGCUGUGGCGUGGGCCCCACAGAGUGGCCGCCACAUUUGCUCUGCUGGUGAUGAUGCUCAGGCUCUUAUUUGGGAGCUUCCCACCGUGGCAGGACCCAACGGGAUUGAUCCUUUGUCGAUGUAUAAUGCUGGGUCGGAGAUUAAUCAGUUGCUGUGGUCUGCUGCUCAGCCGGAGUGGAUUGGUAUCGCGUUCUCAAAUAAGUUUCAGUUGCUUAGAGUUUGAGGUGUGGAUUUGUUGGUUGUUGCUUUAUGCUAUAUAUGGUCAUUGCAAACUGGGUGGAUUGUGAGAGUUGAGCAUUUUUUCGAUUUUUACCAAUUGUCGGUAGAGGAGAAAAUUGAGGCAGGUGUUGUAGGGGUUAGAUGGGGAUGCUUUGUUGUGUUUUUAAUGGGAAAACUAGAGGAAACCCAUUGAAAGAUGGAAAGUAUUGAAGAAAAUGAUGUUACACCAUUUUUUGGGAAGAAAAGGAGGCUCUCUAGUAGAGCAGUGGUUAACUUGAAGCAAGAGGGUAAUGCUGAAGCAUACAAAAAGAAAUUUAUCCAGUAUGAUGAUGAUAUUAGUGAAGAAUUCCUACUGGCUAAUUUCAUUCGUGGAUUGGAAACAAGAAUCCAAACUGAAUUGCGACUAAUAGAUCCGGAUACUAUGGAGAAUAAAAUUGAGGAGAAGUUAGCAACAACAAGUGGGCCUAAGUACUGAAGCAAAAAUGAACCUAACAAAACCUACACUCAUUUUUCACAAAACCCAUACCUUGCAAAAAGGAGCCCAAACACAACCUAUUUUCAAAAACUCAUAAUAACCUUGCCCCUAGUAACUCUAAAAACCUUAACCCAUUUUCUACAACCUGUACAUCAAAAAGUUAUCUAGAUAAUACCCAGAGGUUAUCAGAUAAAUGGCUAGUAUGGCACAUAUGCAAAAAAAGAUAGCUGAGCGUUCUCAUCAGUAGCUUAUAAACUGAUGCUACAACCGAUUAUAAAAUCCAUCUGGCAUUUUACAUCUCCCAAUGGAAACUGGCCAAGGCAGGUGACUUCAAUCCAAUAGAGAUUCCAGCACAAUUAACACAAAAUUUGGAGAUGGUUAUUGAACCAGAAGAGGUACCGACAGUAGGAAGCUCCCAUAUAAUCAGCAAUUGGCCUCUGAGGUUCUCAUUAAAUGGCAAGCUUACCUGAAUACGAAGCAACUUGGGAACAAUACCAGAGUAUAGUUUCACUCUUAAUCUCCACCUUUAGGAGAAGGUGUCUCUCAUUGGGGCAUGUAUUGCCUUUGACGAAGAAAGGCCCGAGCCCACCAUCUAGCAUAUUUGUUUUAGAAAGGGGAGAAAAUCAGUCACAAGGGAAUAACAAAUCAGCUAUACAUAGUAUUUAAAUUUUUUCUGUUCCAUUGAUAAAAAUUCUAGAAUGAAGUACGUGUCUAUAUAAUCAAAAGCGGGAAUAGAUUUAAGGUAUGCUUGUUGUACGUUUUUGUAGUAUUGUAUACGCUAGGGAGUUACUGGGCCACUCAGAGCUUAGGGGAAUACAGUACUCUAUUACAUAAUACAAUCAUUCCAUUCUCUCUAUUUCUUUGUUCUUCUUUGCUACCCUUAGCUUCCAUUACUGAUAUUGCUUUUCUUCUUCUCUCUUCUUCUUUUGACUAACCAACUUUUUGACCUUCACAUUGCAUUCAGCCGCAUAACACUUUCCAGGAGAAAAAGACAGGCAUAUAUGGGUUACUAAAACUUCUUACGACGUAAGAACCGAGGGUCAAAGAGAAAAAGAAAGGGUGAAAGUAAUAGAAUCUCUAAGCAAAAGUGAACUAAAUAAAACUACGAUCAACACAUCAAAUUGCUUUUCGUCUCCCAAACUUAGCUUGUUUGCUAUUGGUAUCUUCGCUUUAGUUAAGUUUGCUCAAAUCUCUCACAAUGAAAGCAUAGGUGCCAAAUCUCUCAAAUCUCUCACGACGUAAGUAGAGUUGUUAAAUAUUUAGAUUUAUUUUUAAUCAAUUAAAGUUCUGGAAUUUAGUUUUUCAUGUUAAUUUUAAUUUCAACUCUCUUGAGAAAUGUCGACUUUAAAUUAGUAUGUAUUUGAUUGUAAUAGCCUUUAGAGAACAGGACAACACAAAAAAAUUAUGUUUUUAGUAUGCUUUGUUGUUUCUAGUUAUGAAUAGAUUGUGGUUGGUGGUUGUGUAUAAUAUUUGAGUGUCUUAUUAGCUUCAAUAGCUAGUUUAAGCACCACAAAAAUGGUCUACAUAUCUCCUUGGCUUAUCAAUAGCCUACAAAUAAAUUCAAAAAGUUCUCAUAGACAUUGUAUUGUUCAUAUUCUGGAUUGUAGAGAUUUUAGCGCCUUUACAAAUCUAUUUGAGAUUUUCUGAGAUUUGAAUAGUAAGUGCCCCAAUGAUUGUGCCCAUCUUUGGCACAUAUGAUUUCUUUGUGAGAGAUCUAAGUGCAAUUGACUGAACUAGGAUACCACUGGUGGACAAACAAAAGUAAAGCGAUUGGGUGAGCACAUGGAAUUAGUGACAUUCUGGACUUGAAAUACAAUUGCUUUGGUGAAGACAUGAUAACGCUUGAGCGAUCAACUCAUUGUUUUGGUGAGCACAUGGAACUAGCGACAUUCUGGAAUUUGAGAUACAAGUGCUUAGGCGAGCAUAUGGUAGUGCUCAAGUGAUCAACUCAUUGUUUGAACGAGCGAAUGUUUGGUAAAGAUUUUGUGUGGCUUGGGUCAAAGUGAUAGGCGAGCAACCUAAUUGCUCGAUAAGCAACAUGAAAAAUGGCUGGAAUUUUGCUGCAUGGGCAUUAAAAUACUGCGCUAAUUGGGGAUAUUACUCCCCAUAGUUUGACUUUUGUUGCUUGGGAAAUUAAUAUAUAAACUUAUCCUUUUCGUGUUUGAGUCGAAAGUAGUGAAAAUUUUUCAUUUUUAUAUGGUAUAUUAGAAACUCUAGUGGCUUGUAUUAGUUUGGCUUACACAUGAAAUGGCAUUGGUAACAAAUUUAAGCUUUAUUCUUGCAUUUUACUAGCAUUUGGAGAAGUCAAUGGCUUAUUGUGUAGAAAAAAUAGAGAUUUCAUGGCUGAUUUAGUGGCUGAACAAGGUGAUUGGAACUCGCAAGCAAUCACCAUGAGUUAGUAGAAAAAAUAGAGAUUUACAUGCAAUGUGCGAACAAAGUUGCUAUUUAUCACCCGUUUUCUAUCAUCUCCAAAUGACUGUGUAGUCAUGAUGUUGUUGUGUAGGGUUUAAAGUAAAGUUAGUAGGGUCCUAUUAAUUUUUUUUAACAAGGAGCCUUUUAUCUGUGUGCAACAUGUGAGUAAAUUUUUAGCUUGUGAUUGUUAAAUAACUUUUUUUGUUUUCUAAUUUGGUGUUUGUUGCGACUUUAUUGGGGGACUAUGUUAUUCAAAUGUUAAACCACCUUGAUUAUGCUACUUGAUGUUAACAAUAGAAGGAUGUACUUCUUUAAUCUUUUCUUUGUGCCUGAUUACAUAAUUUAAUUAUCAAAACUUAGUCUAAGGUCAAAUAUCCAAUUCAUUCUCUCCCAAGUUCUAUUGCCAAAACUCUUCCAUAUAUAACAGUACUUCAAAGAUUUUGGCUCAAAGAUAUUGAAAUCCCUCAAUGAUGUUCGCUUAUUUAAGAAGCUAAUAACCAUGCAUAAUUAGAACUGAGACUUGAAUUUAAUACUCUUUGUGUCCCUUUGAUAUUGCUUCACUCUGCAUUGACCAAAAUUAUGUAAGAGGCAAGCUUGAAGGGAUGGAGGUAGUAUGAAGAAUUAGAGUGGAUCCGCAAGCAAAACGAAGGUUUGGAAAAAACCAUAAUCCAUUGGUGAGGUAAGAUUCUAGAUAUGCAAGGUUCCACUUGUCUUGGCAAUUAUCCGACAGUAAGUUGCUCUUCUUUAAGCGGCGUGCACACUUCAGUUUUAUUUGGAUCUGGUGGGUUGCAUGUAAAGAUUGAUGAAUUGAAUGGUUGGCACUUUUGGAGCAAAUUUUAAACAGAAGUAUGUAAAUUAGGGAUGAGCUUAACCUGGAUUGGUUGUUUGAGGGAAAAAGUUACUAUUGCUAAGUACACUAUGAUUUAGGAAUCAUAUUUCCUCAAGUGGGGAAAGUUUUACGAUUAUUAAUCAGGGAUAAGCCUAACCUAGAUUGGUUGCUUAAGGGAAGAAGUUACUAUUGCUAAGCAUACAGUGAUUCAUCAAUCUAUUUUUCUUCUGACUUCCCUUUCCAUGUUUGUCAAUCUAAUUGGAAGUUUUCCAGCUGAUCCAUGCUGACUCAUCAAAACUUUCUUAAGAAUUGGGUUAUUCAUUGUGGAUACUGACCCUUGAUGAAUGGCAACUAUCAUUUAGGGUACAUUUUUACUGUGAUUUGGCAGUAGUGCUGCUUGGGAUAUGUAUCAUCUGUUGAUAUAUAGUUUGUGUUUCUUAGUUUUAGGUGUUGAUGGAAAGUAAGCUAUUGGAUGUAAUUCCUCUGAAGUGUUUGAACUCUGAAGUUUAGAUGUAAUUCAUCGUCCUUCUUUUUUGAUCAUGCUAGUUUGAGUCUGACAUAUUUUUUUUUAUUUUGUGCAUUUUUCUACUUUACCAUGACCAUACAAGCUAUGCUACUAAUCAACAUGCACAGCUACCUAUACUCUUCGACCUAUAUUUAUUGAUCACGCUAGUUUGAGUCUCUGAUAUAUCUUUUUAUUUGUGCAUUUUUCAACUUUACCAUGACCAUACAAGCUAUGCUUCUAAUUAACAUGCACAGCUACCUCUACUCUACAGUUUAAACACAUGCAGGAUGGAGAAACAAGGAGUAGAAAAGGGAAACAUAAUUAAAUCAGCUUGAGAGUUAUAUAGAAAGGUUGUUGAAAUGCAAGCAAGUAUGUCAGGAAUUAUAUAUUAUAUAAUAAAGAGAUGAUGGGAUGGCAUGGGGAAAAAUUAUCUAGGAAACUUUUUUUUCUUUCUUACCUUCUUGGAUAGUUUACCCUCUUGAAUGGAUGUCCUUGUAAUCAUUGAGUGGUUUUGGAUAAAAUUCAAGCUGCCAUUUCUUGAAUUCUUUUUAAGUUUGCUAAUUCUUAUUACUCACAAAACGAUCUUGGCAGGAUAUUACUAAAGAUUUGAGGCAUUGAGCGGAUGAUUUCGUGUAACUAGGAGAUUAAAAUGAUUUUGGGCCUCUUGCUAAUUGAUAUGUUGAGUGUGCUUGAAGACCAAGUGUUUUCUGGUCUAUUGUAUGAUGUUAUUGCCAGUUUCCUUUGUUCCUGGUAGUUGAAAGGAUACCUUAUUGACACUAGCUUUUCCUUUGUUCUA